GAGGGAUGGUUUUUUGGCCACGCCCCUUUCAAAUACAAGCCUCGUCUGCACCCCAGUGGUCUGCUUCUUGUCUUCUGUCCUUGUCCUUGAGCACUACAGACUGAAACGAAAACACGAGCGGACAGUGUGAGGGAUAUUUUUUUCCUGUCCGAUCUGACAUUAGUGAACAGAGAAGCUUCUCUCAACCAGGAGUGAUCAUGAUGUCCUACCUGAAACCUGCACCGUACACAGUGAACGGUCUCAGCCUGGCUACUACUGCGAUGGAGCUGCUGCAUCCGACUGUGGGAUAUCCAGGAACCCCCAGGAAACAGAGACGUGAGCGGACGACGUUCACGCGCGCGCAGCUCGACGUGCUCGAGACGCUGUUCGCCAAGACGCGCUACCCGGACAUCUUCAUGCGCGAGGAGGUGGCGAUGAAAAUCAACCUGCCUGAAUCUCGGGUACAGGUCUGGUUCAAAAAUCGAAGAGCGAAAUGUCGUCAACAACAGCAGCAGCAGCAGCAACAACAACAAUCUCAAACUGCAACGCAGAACAAAACCAGACCUGUCACCAAAAAAACAUCUCCAGCCAGAGAAGCAGCAAACCCUGAGAGCAGCAGCAGCAGCAGUGGUGGUGGUGGUGGUGGUGGAUUCAGCGCCACCUCAAGCACAUCGUUACCCGGUGUUUCCAGCAGCACUGCUCCAGCAUCCAUCUGGAGUCCGGCCUCAAUUUCUCCGAUCUCAGAGCAGCUCUCUUCCUCCUCCUCCUCCACCUCAUCCUCAACUUUAUCCUGUAUGCAGCGCUCUUACCCGGUCACUUACACCCAGGCGCCCGGAUACACUCAACACUACGCGGGCACAGCGUCCUAUUUCAGCGGCAUGGACUGUGGCUCCUACCUCGGGCCUGUGCAUCACCAGCUUAGUGGCCCAGCAUCCACCUUGAGCCCGACCAGCACGAGCACCAAUCACCUGAGUCCGUCCUGCUCCCUCACAGCUCAGGGGUAUGUAAGUUCCGGGCUCGGGAUCAGUGCGCCGUCCGACUGCUUAGAUUACAAAGACCAAAGCGCCUCUUGGAAGCUCAGCUUCAAUACCGACUGCUUGGAUUACAAAGAUCAGACCUCCUCAUGGAAGUUUCAAGUUCUGUAAUAACAUACAAAAAAAGAACAGAAAUGUUAAAUUAUUGAAUUUAUCUGAUACAUAUGAUGCUGUGAGUUUGUAGAAUUUUCAUCUCCCCCCUAAACAAUGAUGAUGAAAUAAUCCAUGCUGCGUUUUUCAUGUUUUUAAGAUAAUUCAUAAUUGUUUUAUUAAGACAUGGGGAUAAUAUGUAAACAAAGAUCACCAGUGUAACUCGUGUCUUCGUUCUGAAAACCUGUCAAUCUGACCAAGAUAUCUGAAUUAAUAUUAUGCACUAUUCUAUUUAUGACAACAAACAAAAAUGUUUUUUUUUUUUUUUUGCAGUAGAAGACAAUCAGUGUAUAUAAUCGUUUCGAUUUUUUGGGGGGGGUUGUUUAGGUUUUCUUUUUUAGCCAUAAUCUUCUUGAAGGUGUGAACUGUCGUAGAUCAUUCGAAAUACCCUCAAAAAACACUAUGCUGUAUAUUUUGAUAGACUCGUUGUUUUUUUGUUUUGUUUUUUUGUUUUUCAUUAUUUUGGUAACGAUGACGCUAAAUUAUUCAAGUGUUUGUUUAUACAGUUUUUGACAUAUAUUAAAACAUUUCUAAUUUGAACAAA